AUGCCCUUGCUCGUGAAACUACUACUCCUAGGGGUUAUCGCACGCCGUGGGCUCGCCCAGUGGGUCAAGCCACCUACCUCACUCGAGGAGGCCACUGGCUAUGCCGGAAUUCCUGUUCGGUACAAGGAGGUCCCUGCUGGGACUUGUGAACUGGACCCUGACGUGAAGAGCUACUCGGGAUACGCCGACGUCGGGGAGGACCAGCACAUAUUCUGGUGGUUUUUUGAGGCCCGUAACCAGGAUCCCUCCGAGGCAGAUCUGACGGUUUGGAUUAAUGGCGGGCCUGGUUCGAGCUCCAUGAUCGGCCUCUUCGAGGAGCUCGGGCCUUGCGGCGUUGACUACUUCGGCGAGGUCUACAACAACCCCUAUUCCUGGUCCAAUGUGAGCAAUAUGCUCUUCAUCGACCAGCCCUCGCAGGUCGGGUUCUCCUACUCGAAGCCUGUUUCCGCCUACAAAUCAGCCGACGGGAAUAUUGUCGCUUUGCCCGAUGACACGUGCCCGGACUACGCGCCACCGGGCUCAUGCGGCACCUUCGCUUAUCCCAAUAUCACGUUGACGGCCAACUCGACGACGAACGCCGCCCCCAACUUCUGGAAGACGUUGCAGGGCUUCAUGGGAGCCUUCCCUCAGUACUCGCGGAACGGAUUCCAUUUCGCGACGGAAAGCUACGGUGGCCACUACGGGCCCGUGUUUAACGCGUAUCUCGAAAAGCAGAACGCUCUAAACAUCCCGGGCGCCAAGAAGAUCCAGCUAGAGUCUGUCCUGAUAGGAAACGGUUGGUUCGACCCCAUUGUUCAGUACCAAGCGUAUUACAACUUUACCGUCUUUCCCGGCAACACGUACGACUAUGCGCCCUUUAACUCAUCAAUUGAAGCUAUGUUUUAUAAUAACUUGUACGGGCCGGGGAACUGCGUCGACCGACUUAAUGACUGCAAGGCCACCGGGAGGAAUGAGGUGUGCAAAAACGCAGACAACUUCUGCGCCUCGGUAGUGCAGCUCAUAUAUGACACGGUGCUUGGCCGAAGCGAGUACGACGUCCGGGAGCUUGUCCCGGAUCCGUUUCCGUACAGCUUCUACACCGACUACCUGAACACCGCCGAGGUGCAGGCGGCGAUUGGCGCGUUUACCAAUUUCUCUAGCAACUUUGCUGUGGGGGAAGCGUUCGACAAUACCGGCGAUGACGGCCGCGAGAUGGGCACGAUCGAGGAUAUCCGGUAUCUGCUAUCCAAGGGCGUCACGGUUGCGCUCUUCGCUGGCGACGCAGAUUACAACUGCAACUGGCUGGGGAACGAGGCCGUGGCUGAAGCAGUGGCAGCACCGGGAUUCUCUAAAGCCGGCUACGUGGACUUGCAGACGAGCGAUGGCGUUGUCCACGGCCAGGUCAAGCAAGCCGGCAAGUUCAGCUUCACCCGUAUAUACGAGAGCGGCCACGAGGUGCCCUUUUACCAACCCUUGGUCUCAUUGGAGUACUUCGAGAGGGUUAUCAAAGGCCUCGACGUCGAGACUGGUAAGCGGGUCGUGGACGAGACAUAUGCCACGAAGGGUUCGAAGAAGAGCUUGUAUCGCCAAGGAAAUUCGACCAUGCAGUGGGAUGUGGUACCAGCCAACAGCACAUACGACGUUAUUAAUAACAAACCUGGCCCUCCGUGGGGCCAGUCAGUUCUCUUAAAGAGGAGUCUCGAGUCGUUUCCGAGGCGCCGAGUGAAGUAG